UAGACAGCAGACUACACCACCCAGCAUUAGAUUGGCAAAGACAGACAGUGCUGCAAACAUGUCGGAUAGUAUCCCUCUGCAGCCUGUUCGCCUCAAGAAAAUCCACGACUCCAAACAGAGGAGCGGGUGCUGUGGCUGGUGCUGUGGAGGAAGGGAUUUCAAACCUCGUACAGUGUGGCUUGGACACCCAGAGAAGAGAGAACAUAAAUACCCACGAAAUGUUAUCAAUAAUCAGAAAUACAACUUCUUCACCUUUCUUCCUGGGGUACUUUUUAACCAGUUUAAGUAUUUCUUCAAUCUGUACUUCCUGCUGUUGGCAUGUUCCCAAUUUGUACCAGAUUUGCGGCUUGGUGCUCUGUACACAUAUUGGGCUCCUUUGGGUUUUGUCUUGGCAGUGACAGUCAUUCGAGAGGCAGUGGAGGAGAUCCGAUGUUAUGUCCGAGACAAAGAAGUGAACUCCCAGAUCUACAGCAAGCUCACAGUAAGAGGAACUGUGGUUGUCAAGAGUUCGAACAUUCAAGUGGGGGAUUUGAUUAUUGUCGAUAAGAAUCAGCGGGUACCUGCUGACAUGAUCUUCCUCCGAACAUCAGACAAAAGUGGUUCCUGUUUUAUUCGUACAGAUCAGUUGGAUGGUGAGACUGACUGGAAGAUGCGUUUGCCUGUUGGCUGUACUCAGAGAUUACCCAUAGCAGCUGAUCUGCUACAAACACGAUCUUAUGUUUAUGCAGAAGAACCAAACCUUGACAUUCACAGUUUUAUUGGGACUUUCACUCGGGAGGAUAGUGACCCGCCAAUUAAUGAGAGUUUGAGCAUCGAGAAUACAUUGUGGGCCAGUACUGUCAUUGCUUCUGGUACUGCAGUGGGAGUUGUUAUCUACACAGGCAAAGAGAUGCGAAGUGUUAUGAACACCUCUCACCCAAAGAACAAGAUGGGGCUGUUUGACCUGGAGGUGAACUGUUUAAUGAAGAUCCUGUUUGUUGCUUUGGUGGUGUUGUCACUUGUCAUGAUCUCCCUGCAGCACUUCAGGGGUCGCUGGUAUCUUCACUUGUUUCGCUUCUUCCUUCUGUUUUCCCAAAUAGUUCCAAUCAGUUUACGUGUCAACCUGGAUAUGGGAAAGAUGGUCUACAGCUUGAUGAUUCGGAAAGACUCUAAAAUUCCUGGCACUUUGGUACGGGCCAGCACCAUUCCAGAGCAGCUUGGGAGAAUUUCUUAUGUACUCACAGACAAGACAGGAACUCUUACGAAGAAUGAGAUGCAGUUCAGGCGUCUUCAUCUGGGUACAGUAUCUUAUGGGAUGGAUUCUAUGGAUGAAGUAGAGAGCCAUGUUUUUAGCGCUUAUACACAGACACCGGCUUUACAGGAUAAGCCCCCCUCAACAGCUCCUAAAAUACGUAAAACUGUCAGCGUCCGUGUUCAUGAAGCAGUGAAAGCGAUUGCACUGUGCCAUAAUGUUACACCUGUCUAUGAGUCUCAUGGGCCUGACUCAACUGACCGAGCUGAAGCUGAGCAAAACUAUGAGGAUGCGUGUCGGAUUUACCAAGCAGCCAGUCCAGAUGAGGUGUCUUUGGUGCAGUGGACAGAGUGUGUAGGACUGACUCUUGUUGGCCGGGACCAAUCCUCUAUGCAGCUGAGGACACCUGGAGGACAUAUUCUGAACUUCAGUAUUUUGCAGGUGUUUCCAUUUACCUACGAGAGCAAGCGCAUGGGAAUCAUUGUCAAAGAUGAAUCUACAGGAGAGAUUACCUUCUACAUGAAAGGGGCUGAUGUGGUUAUGAUGGGAAUUGUUCAGUAUAAUGACUGGCUUGAGGAAGAGUGUGGCAACAUGGCCAGAGAAGGACUUCGGGUUCUGGUUGUUGCCAAAAAGUCUCUAACAGAAGAGCAGUACCAGGAUUUUGAGACUCGUUACAAUCAAGCAAAACUGAGUGUGCAUGAUCGGUCAUUGAAAGUGGCAACUGUGAUUGAGAGUUUGGAGAUGGAAAUGGAGCUCCUUUGUCUGACCGGAGUCGAGGACCAGCUACAAGUUGACGUCAGGCCUACCCUGGAGCUGUUGAGAAAUGCUGGGAUAAAGGUGUGGAUGCUCACUGGGGACAAACUUGAAACAGCAACUUGUACAGCAAAAAAUGCACAUCUAGUAACCAGGAACCAAGACAUUCACAUCUUCCGAACUAUAACCAAUCGAGGUGAAGCUCAUUUAGAGCUUAACGCUUUCAGACGGAAACACGAUUGUGCAUUGAUCAUAUCUGGUGACUCACUAGAGGUAUGUCUGAAGUUCUACGAGUAUGAGUUCAUGGAGCUGGCCUGUCAGUGCCCUGCUGUAGUCUGCUGUCGAUGUGCUCCGACACAGAAAGCUCAAAUCAUACGCUUGUUGCAGCAGAGGACUCGCAAAUUAACAUGUGCAGUAGGUGAUGGAGGAAACGAUGUUAGUAUGAUCCAGGCUGCUGACUGUGGAGUGGGGAUUGAAGGCAAGGAAGGAAAGCAGGCAUCUUUGGCGUCAGAUUUCUCUAUAACUCAGUUCAAACACCUUGGCAGGUUGCUGAUGGUUCAUGGACGCAACAGCUACAAGAGAUCAGCUGCUCUUAGCCAGUUUGUGAUCCACAGGAGCCUGUGUAUCAGUACCAUGCAGGCUGUUUUUUCUUCAGUAUUUUACUUUGCUUCCAUUCCUCUGUACCAAGGUUUCCUUGUUAUUGGGUAUUCAACAAUUUAUACAAUGUUUCCAGUGUUCUCUCUCGUUCUGGACAAGGAUGUGAAAUCAGAAGUUGCAAUGCUCUAUCCAGAACUAUACAAAGAUCUUACCAAGGGUCGACCACUCUGUUUUAAAACCUUUUUGAUUUGGGUUUUAAUUAGUAUAUACCAAGGUGGUAUAAUAAUGUAUGGAGCUCUUCUGUUGUUUGACUCAGAGUUCGUACAUGCAGUAGCCAUUUCCUUUACCUCACUUAUUCUCACUGAGUUACUGAUGGUGGCGCUAACUAUCCAGACCUGGCACUGGCUCAUGAUUGUGGCAGAACUUCUCAGUCUCAGCUGCUACAUUGCUUCCCUGGUCUUCUUGCACGAGUUUAUUGAUGUCUACUUCAUCAUCACUUUAUCCUUCCUGUGGAAAGUCACGGUAAUCACUCUUGUCAGCUGCCUUCCCUUGUAUGUACUGAAAUACCUGAGAAGAAGAUUCUCUCCACCGAGCUACUCCAAGCUUACCUCAUAGACACCGAGACCCGGAUAAUAAUCCCAACCCAUUAGGGAUUCACAACCAACAAUUUAAGAAAUUUAUUUGACAAUUUCAAGUAUGACUGAUGGACUAAAAUGAUAACUUUAACAGUCAUGACCAACUGAUGAAUAACAAUUGGCCAGUAGACACUGUCAGAGAUACAGCCUACUUCUUCAGAGUCCUAAGAUUUAAUCACAACCAGAGCCAAAAAGGGAAUCAUUGUACCGUUCAAAAGUGGGAGGCCGGUCAGAAAAAAGAUCCAUAAAGAAAAAGGGAUCACUAAACACUCAAAACAAAGUGAUUGAGCCACCGACAAAAAUAUAUGUGAAAUUUGUCCCCCUUCAGUUAUUGCCUUAUUUUGUUUGUGACCUAUUUCCACAGUUGUUCAGGCUUUUCAGUUGUUGCUCUAUUUUCAUUUUCCUCCUUGUUUUCAUCUUGGGUGCUUUCAACCAUUUCAUCUUGUUUUCACCCUAGUUACAGGAUUCAAAGGUAGAGCAUCAUCCCAUUUAUUCAAACAGGUGCUAGAGUCCCCUCUUUAAGAUAAUGACUAAAACACAAUGACCCAGAUCUUCCAGUCUCUGGAUAGUUGGAAACUGGACAUACCCCUCAGAGACUCUAAGGGACCCUUUAAAAGUCCCAAUUCAAUGACUUUGUGGGAAUUGACCAGGAAGCUUGAGCUUCCAAUGGGCACUUCCCUUGCUCCCCUGGACCCUCCAAAAAAAGUCUCCAACUCUUGAGUUAGAGACAGGGACUUUGGAUGGUUCCAGCUUACUUAUCUAGAUAGUUACCCAUGAAAUAUUAGACAAAUUAAAACUUAUUCUAACACCUGGGUAGCUAUAGAACUGACCCCCUCCGAAUCACUCACUUUGACCCCCCCGACCACCACCCCCCCUUGACCUGACCUGAUUAGCCCCCGCCACCUGAUUCCCCACCAACCCAAUCUGACUAGCCCCCAUCACUCCACUAAUCCCCUCCCCCCACACCAAUUUCCUCCCAAUCCGACCUGACUAGCCCCCACCACCUGACUCCCCACCAACCUGACCUGAAUAGCCCCCACCACCUGACUCUCCACACCCUGACUUGACUUGACUUGACUAACAUCUGACUCCCUCCAACAUGCCCCAACCUUCUGACUCACUCCUGGCCCAACCUGUUUAGCGCCCCACCACCUGACCGAACCUCACUAACCUACCAUCCUAUCCCCUCACCUACUUACCUUCUCCUCUUAACUUUUCAAAGAAGCUUUGGGACAUUUAAACUCUCCAGUUACUAGAAGCCAGCAGCUGAUGCCGUAAAA